AUGGCUGAAACUUCAGAGAUGGUAAAGCUAAGUCUGAGACUUCUCAUAGAUGAAGAGAAGAACAAGGUGGUCUUGACUGAAACUGGUAAAGAUUUCGUUGAAGUGCUCUUUAGUUUUCUCACACUCCCAAUGGGUACUAUUGUCCGAUUGCUUGAGAAACAUCGAAAGUCGCCUCAAGUGGUCGUUGGAUGUUUUAACAAUCUUUACCAAAGUGUUUCAGAGAUGGGUCUUGAGAGUUUUCAGACAGAAUCUUGUAAGAGAAUGCUACUGUAUCCUACCAGUGUGAAUCAUGAUAAGUACCAAAAGAUCAAGUUAAAAAUAGAUGACACACCGAGGCAGUCAAGUACUUUGUUUGUCCAAGUAUUAAACUUAGCAAGCUAUUAUAGCAUUUCUAACACUGAGGAAUGUGUAUGUGGAGAGUUUGAGAAUUCAAGUAUUAUUAGAGGAUUGACGAAUCGGGAGAUUUAUGGAAUUGAGGAAGAGCAAGUUGAAGGAAGGAUUUUGAGAAAUAGUAGUAAUGAUGGAGUUUUUGUUAGCCGUGAGACUUGUUUCAUCAUAACUGAAGAUUUAAAAGUGUCUUCGAGCUCUAUGGAUAAUGUUUUGAAUACUCUCAGAGGCUUAGGCUACACAAAUGCCUACAAGCUCGGUGAAAUCCAUCUUGAUGUUGGUCUUAACGAGGUACUCACUUUGCUAGAAUGUGUAUUUACUUUGGAUUCUCCUUUGACCGAUACAUUUCUAAGGAAGCGUAGUUCGUUGCGCAUGACCAGAACUUGUAUACCGCUGAGUCCAACUGUGCAAGAAUCUGGAGCAGGACCAGAUCAAAGCAUAAAGUUGAAAGCAUUUGUUAGAAAACUGGAUGGUAAGAUUCUGUGUGUUGAAUGUGGAGCAGAUUUCAUUGAUCUUCUUCUUACUUUUCUUGUGCUACCACUUGAAUCUGCUUGGAAAUUUUGUGGAGAUAGUAUUAGUUUGGGUUGUAUUGGAAACUUGUUCAGAAGCUUCUUCAAGAGUUUGAAUGAAAGAACUGAUGCUACUUCUUCCAAGUGUCUGCUUCCUUCGUUUUAUAGUUGUCCUAAACAGUUACUUGAUGUUGUAACUGAGCAAGAAGAAAUCUAUUACAGUUUCAAUCGCUGCAGCGACGGUGAAACCUAUGACUCUAAGUUCACUAGAAAGAUGCCUGGUUGUCUUAAAUCACAAAGGGAAAACAAGAACAUGAACAUGUAUCUUGGAUACAAAAAAGCUGAUGCUGAAGUUUUAUAUAUGAGAAGUUUUGGGUUUGUGAGGGAUUAUGCAAGGUUUUUGGUAACGGAUGAUUUGGUUAUCAAACCGAAGAAGUCGGUUUCUAACAUCAGUUUGCUAAAGUUGCAAAUGCACUUGGAGGAGAAAGAUGUUGAAGAACAAGUGAUCACCAGAGGCUAUUACUUUACUAAGAGCUUCAAUGGUGACAUCCUCUGCUUUAAUUACUUGUUUAUGGAACUUGAUUGCAAAAAAGGCCAAAGAAGAAACUUAAGGGAAGAAAAAAAUUGA